CAGGCACUUUCUCUUUUGCGUAAACUGUGCAUAGUCAAUUUAGCCUUACCCCAGAAGAACCACAGCAGAAACUGAGAUAAGCCGGGCUUUUAACAGAGAUGUAUGUCUAAAACGAGUAAUUUUCUUCCUUUUGUUUGCUAAGUGUCUGUCACGUGGGUUGGGCUACAUAAACGAGGACAUCCAAAACACACACUCCCUCACGGUUAGGCGGAUCUGACUUUCUUGCGCUUCAUACUCCUUGACACCGCGAUUAUGGAUGAAUGCGGCCCGUACUCCCGGCGCUCCCUGUUGCCGUGGUUGGUCGGUGGGUCCCAAGUCCUAGGCCUGUGUGCGGUGGUGCUGACCGGGGUGUGGAUGGGCCGGUACAGAGGGGGCUUCGCGUGGGACGGGUCUGCACAGGAGUUCAACAUGCACCCCCUCUGCAUGGUCCUGGGACUGGUGUUUCUGCAGGGAGAUGCUAUCUUGGUGUACAGAGUAUUCCGCAACGAGUCCAAGAGAAAUGUGAAGCUGCUCCAUGGAAUCAUUCAUCUACUUGCUCUCAUCAUUACUAUUGUUGGUAUGGUCGCUGUGUUUGACUUCCAUCGAGCUUCCAAGAUCCCAGACAUGUACUCACUCCACAGCUGGUGCGGCAUGGCUACCCUCGUGCUGUUCUGUGCUCAGUGGGUGCUCGGUCUGAUGUUUUUCCUGUUUCCUGUUGCGUCGGCAUGGUUACGGGCCACGUACCUCCCGCUGCACGUCUUCUGUGGUGCGCUGUUGCUGGUGAUGGCCAUAGGGAGCAGCCUGCUUGGAAUAACAGAGAAACUACUGUUCAGUAUCAUGGCGACAUACUCUCACCUGCCACCAGAGGGCACACUUGCGAACAUCCUGGGGGUUGUGCUGGUGUGCUUUGGAAUCCUGAUCAUUAGUAUUAUCACCAAAGAAGAGUAUAGACGCCCCCCCAACCCAGAGGAAGAGGCUCUGUCAGUGCACUUUAAGACCUUAACAGAGGGUGCAUCCUCACCCACUCCCUAAUCUGCAACACCAGUACCUCUUUUAUGUCUCCAAACACUCAAAUCAAUCAAACCCGCUCCUUUAGUUAUAUUUUGAGUAAAUACUAAAAAUUUUAGUUAAAAUAAAGUUAUAUAUUUCUGACUGGAUUUUACAUCCGAAAGUUGGAAGGUAUAAGUGUCCAAAUCCAUGCCUUGUAAAUGAUUAUAUACAGUAUGUUAUAGUUAUAGACGUUAUCUCUACUUAUUUUCCGAAUCAAAGUGAAAACUGCCAAAGGACUAGUGAAAAGUUUCAAAAUAUUGAUUACUGUCUAAUAGAUAUUGAUGUUUUGUGUUGCCAAAAUAAUUGCUGCUGUAGCAUCUACCUGCCUUAGAUCUUCCAUAAAGUACACAAAGUGUGUUGCGUAAAAUAAUAGGCUUAUGGUUCAUCUGAUUUCAUAUUUCAAUAUUAUUUAUUCCUGUUGGUUAUUGUUGAAGCUGAUACCUCAGUGCCUCUAUCCUGUGACAUCACUAUUGGCAACACUGUGUAAACUUUACACAUGUUGUCUUGUUUCUUGCCUUUAUAGACAAAGCACAUACAGAACCUGUUUGUGCCUGUGUCAUUUCUGCCCCUGUCAAUGUCUAUGGUGCUCCCCCCAGUCACCCUCCCCGUCCACAGGUCUGCAUGAUGUACUAUUUAUUUGAGUGACACGUGUAUGUGAUUUACUGUUUAUGCCUCUGCAUCAGAGUAGUUAAAUGUACUUGUGUUUAUUUUUAUUUAUGUAACAAUACAGGUAAUGUUGUAUAAGCAGGAAAAAAAAAAUGCUGAAAAGUGUACAUAGUAUAUGUUUGCUGCUUGCAUCUUAAUUAAUUCCAAUAAAGCUGCAUUAUGUAAAA